AAUUUUUUUUUUGUGAUGCCGCUGAGCUUCUGUAUUGUGUUUCACGUCACUGCGACUACCCGUUUGAUUGCUCUUAUUAUUCAAGUAUUAUCACCGCACGUGGUUUGCGCCGGCAGCCGAGCCAAAAAAAAUGCCCUCACUUUCAGAAGAAAGAUGUAG